CGUCAAUAGCAAUACAACCCUUUCCUCGGCCACACUCCUGACAUCAGCUCUCUCUCUCACACAAACUUAGAUAGCCAUAUUAGUCAGCGGUUUUCUUCCUCCGCUAUCGCUCCCACAUUGCCGGCGAACUUGGCCGUAGCUCCAAACGGGGCACCUCACAAUAUCAUCAUGACAGUGUCACAAGAUCCCAAUGCAGAAAUCUUUUCUUGUGAAGAAGUACCAGAACGACUAGACGAACAACACUUCGCCACAACCAAAACUUUCGGUUUCCUCGUCCACCCCAACAUCCCACUCAACUCACCCACGAUCAAAAUAGCAGACAUUGGCACCGGCACCGGUAUCUGGCUCUUAGACGUCGCCAAAAGUCUACCUCCAACAUGCCAACUCAUUGGCUUCGACGUCUCAUCCUCGGCAUUCCCACCAACUCAAACAUUACCACAAAACGUGUCGUUUCAAAUACAAGACAUGCUUCUACCCUUCCCAGCUUCUGAGAUAGGAAGCUUUGAUGUAGUUGCAGUCCGCUUUGUCAGCGUUGCGACUACGCGGGCGGCAUGGGCUCUUGCCAUUGAGAAUGUAAUGACAUUGCUGAAGCCGGGCGGCUGGCUACAAUGGAUCGAUUCGUGCAACUUUACACUGUACAAUUCCGUUGCUGGCUCGUCUCGCGCCGCGUGCCAGGAGAUCUAUGACGGUCUGGAGCCAUUUCGUGCCAAAGACGAUAUCGUCAUAGGAAUGGUGAUGCGGGAGCCGAAGAAUAUGAGGAGGGAAGAUGUGUUUCGAAAAUUAGGCUUGACGGAUGUGCACGAAGAUGUGUUUUCGACGGAUAGGUUGCAGGACCCGGAGUUGCAGCUAAGGGACAAAGGGACUAGAAAUACCAUUGUUUGUUUCUUGGGAUGCUUGCAGGCAUUGGUUGGCGUGGAUGGAAAUGGGUGGAGCGAAGAGAGAAUUGAGAGACUUAAGGUGGAAGCAAUGAAGGAGGUUGAUGAGGGAGUUUAUCAUACGCUUGAUCAGGUGUGUAUAGUGGGGAGAAAAGUUUAGUAGUUCCAAUUAACACUUAGCAUUUCCAUCUUUAUAUAGUCGGCUCUAGGACGUAAGUAGUUAACGCCAUAAAACGCCGAUCGCUUACAAAUAAAACCCUACUAAAGGUAGAGUAUAAUAUAAUAAUUUGAUCUAAUUACUAG